CCUCCCUCCUGCUCUCCUCUCCCCCUCUCGCUCCCCUCCGAGUCAAAAGCUCCAAUCUGAGAUAAACUUAGCGAUAGCGGAGAGCCUGUCGGACCGGAGGACCUGAACCUCUACAAAUCAUUCGGGUUCAGGUUCCGUUAGCUUUAGCCGCUUUUAGCUCCCCGUCAGGAUUUUUGUGUGAGUGUGUGUGUGUGUGUGUGCACGCGCGCGCGUGUAUAUGCGUGCGUGUGUGUAUGUGUGUGCGUGCGUGUGUGUUCGGUGUGCGCGUGUUAUUAGCUCCGCUCUUCCCUCCUCUCCUCUCUCCGCUUCUCUCCUCCUCCGUUCUUCUUCUCCUCUUCUCCCGAUGAGUUCUUAUUUUGUAAACUCCACGUUCCCGGUGACGUUACCGGGCGGCGGGCAGGCGGCGGCCGACUCCUUCCUGGGGCAGAUUCCGCUCUACUCCUCCGGAUACGCGGCGGAUCCCUUGCGGCAUUACCCCGGCGCCGCCGCCGCCGUCACCGCCGCGGCGGCCGUGGCGUACGGCGCCGGCGGCGUGCACCAGGAGAAAGCCUACCCGGCCUCCGCCUACUACCAGCAGGCGGCGAACGGAGCCUACGGCGGCCACCGGGCGUCAGGGGUCGCUGCUACCACCGGAGCCGGCGCCUGCGAUUACGCGGCGAGCUUUUACCGGGACAAGGACCCCGCCGCCGCCGCGUGCGGCUUAGAGGAGCACGCCCUCCCGGUCGGCCAGGACGUCGUUGUGCACCGAAAGACGGAGUGCGCGGGACUCGGGAAGGGUCUGUUCGGAGAGCCGGGGGAGGAGAAGCAGCCGGCGACCCCGAUCUACCCCUGGAUGCAGAGAAUGAACGCAUGCAACGAGGCCUCCGCUCGUUCCCAGCAGGCUGAAGAGGAAUGA